AUGCUUAUUCUUGUUGCUGGCGUGACAGGCUACUUGGGAAAGCACCUUGCAACGGUCGGUCUCGAGAAGGGGCAUAAGAUCCGGGGCUUCGGUCGUUCACCAAACAAGCUGCCGGCCGAGCUACUGGGAAAGCUGGAAUCCUUCGUUCAAUGUGAAUCUUAUGACGACAAAGAAGCAUUGGACAAAGCAGUUUCCGGAGCACAAGGUGUCAUCUGCUGCUACACCUCGCACGCCGAUGCCGUCCUCGAGGCUCAAAUUAGUCUUCUCCGUGCUGUCGAACGGGCUGGAAUCAAGGUCUAUCACGCCCACUCCUGGAAUGCGGACUGGACCAAAAUCCGACAUGGCGAUUUUGAGCAUUACGACUCCUACAUUGCGUUUCGCCGACAUGCUGAGCUGACGUCGCCUAUCAAGCCUGUGUAUGUCUUUACGGGACUGGUUGGCGAAUUCGCCUUGGACAGCCAUAUGGGUAUCGCUCAUAUCGACGAUGAUGCUGAUGAAACGCUUCUGAAAUACUGGGGGGACGGAAGCGCUAAGUGGGACUUUACCUACUUUGAGGACGCAGCCCGGUUCAGUAUCGACCUCGUUACGACCAACAAGUCGGUUCUGGCAGGUGAGGGUGGUUUCUUCAAUGUGCGUUCCGCUGAGGCUAGCGCCAAGGACAUCGCAGUGGCCUACGAGAUGCGUACUGGAGUAAAGGUGAAGCCUGUGUCGCUAGGCGGCAUUGAGGAGCUUCAGGUAUUACUGAAGAAUGCGAGGACUACAACUGACCCUCGAGCAUACUUCACUUUUGCCCCGUAUUAUAGCCAACUUGCAAACACUCUGGGAACGUGGAAGCUCGACGAUCCCAAGGAAGUAGGAGCACCAGACGCUAUUGAACGUCUUUUCGACAACCAGAUUGAGAUCCCCAAAACAUACACCUAG